AUGGAAAACUCACCUCACGACCCUCAAAAAACCCCCCAGGAGUGGUCCAAACACUGCGAAUCUGCUAGUGGUUCUAUAAGACGUCCCAAGCUCCCGCUUUCUCCGCCUUCCACGGUUAAGAAAUCCUCACAAAAGCCCCUAAACUCUGUUCCCAGACCGAAAAAACUUCUACCAGAACUCCAAAAAUGCUCCUCUCGCGCUCGCAAGCCACGCUUGAAAUACCGGCCGGAGCCCAACACCGUUUUCGACCUGGAACUCUACGUCUCUGGCGCACGAAACUCGCCGCGUUGUAAUGAAUCCAAUGCCCAGUUUUUGCGUUACGCUUUGCAGUAUAGUAAGAGAACCAUAGUGAUCGCAGGCGCAGGGGUCUCCACAGACGCAGGAAUCCCAGAUUUCCGGUCGUCUGAUGGUUUGUUUUCAACGCUGCGAGGCCCUGGAGUUUCUUCUGGCAAGGAUUUGUUUGAUUACAAUGUCGUUUACUCCAACGCUGAGAUGGGAUUGAGGUUCAAUCGUAUGAUCACGCAACUGCACGCCAAGUGCCAAGAAGUAAGUCCAACUCGUUUCCACCAAAUGGUCAAUUCCAUAGCACAAGAAGGGCGACUUCGUCGUUUAUAUACCCAAAACAUUGAUGCUUUGGAAGAUCAAACCUCGCAUCUUCAAUCCAAGAUUCCACUCGAAAAACCUUUUCCUACUACAAUUCAGCUACACGGGAGCAUAAAACACAUGUCCUGCAACAAGUGUUCCAAAAUAUAUCAUUUAGAUCCUCAGUUGUUCAAGAGCCAUGAUCAUCAUGUCGAUAGAGAUAUUGUGCCGCUAUGUCCACAAUGUGCCGAAUUUGAAUCGGUUAGAGCAAUAGCAGGUAUGCGUUCGCAAGGCAUCGGUAAACUUAGACCGCGAGUAGUGCUAUACAACGAAAUUCACCCAGAAGGCGACAGCAUAGGCAAUGUGGUUCUGCAAGAUCUCAAGGGCAAACCAGAUUGCUUGAUAAUAGUAGGGACCACGCUUAAGAUCCCUGGAGUACGAGCCAUGUGUAAACAGUUUGCUCGGCAAGUCCACGACUCCAGGGGAAUAGUUCUGUGGGUUAACACUGAGCUACCAGCCAAAAACUUGGAAGAUUUCGUAGAAUGCAUAGACAUGACAGUCGUAGGUGAUUGUCAAAACAUUCCCGUAAUGUUAGAAUAG